AUGGAUGUCGCUAUUUUCGGAUCAACAUGUUCUCCAAGUUUAACGCAAUUUGUGAAGAACCUGAAUGCGGAGAAAUAUGCUGCGGAGUUCCCGGAGGCGUCUGAGGCGAUUAAGGAGAAUCAUUAUGCGGACCAUUAUCUUGACAGCGUCGAUACGGUCGAAGAAGCAGUUCAACUGGCAUUAGACGUCAAGGAAGUCCACGAAAAGGCAGGAUUCCUCAUUCGGCAUUGGAUGUCGAACUCUCUUGAGGUGCUCCAGCGGAUUGGAGAGCAGAAUACGAAGUCGGUGAAGAGCUUCACCAUGGACAAGGGCAGCAACCUGGAGCGAGUUUUAGGGAUGGUAUGGCGACCACAAGAGGACGUCUUCGUAUUCUCAAUGACUCUCCGAGAUGAUCUGAAAAGUCUACUGGAUGGAUCCGUUGUACCAACCAAACGCCAGCUCCUGAGCUUAGUCAUGAGCAUUUUUGAUCCGUUAGGGAUGGUCGCUCCUUUCGUGGUGCAUGGGAAGACGAUAGUCCAGGAUGUGUGGAGAUCCGGAAUUGGCUGGGACAAGCCACUACCUGCGGAUAUCAUAUCACGAUGGGAGCAGUAUGCCAAACUACUUGGAACAUUGGAUAUGGUGAAGAUACCCAGAUGCUACUUUCCAGGAUACAAUCCUGGAGCCUACGAUUCGCUUGAAUUGCACGUUUUCGUGGAUGCUAGCAGCACUGCAUAUGCUGCCGCAGUCUACUUCCGGAUUGUGGACAGUGGAGAAGUACGCUGUAGUCUGGUGUGUGCAAGAACCAAGAUCAAGCGCAAAGUAUUGUGGAGUGAUUCUUCAACGGUUCUGAACUGGCUACGGUCAGAUCCGCGGAACUAUAAGCAGUUUGUAGCGUUCCGGGUAACAGAGAUCCUGAAUGAAACGGAAGUCAGCGAUUGGAGGAAGGUUCCAACCAGGAUGAACGUUGCUGAUGAAGCCACCAAAUGGGGACAUGGCCCAUGCUUCGAUGAACACAGCAGGUGGUUCAAGGGUCCACAGUUCCUGUAUAAACCAGAGUGUGACUGGCCAGAGGAUGCGAUCGAGCCGACUACAGCGGAAGAAUUAAGGGUGGUCCAUGUGCACCAGCAACUAUCGACGCAGUCGGUCAUCGAAUUCGAACGCUUCUCGAAGUGGGAAAGGUUGACCCGUACAGUGGCUACGAUUUGGCUGCAAGCAUAUUUGUCGAGACGGAUCAAAACAGGACGGAGAAGUAACCCCGAGUCGUGUGAACAGCGAGGAGUGGAAACAAGCGGAGUCAGCUGUAUAUAA